AUGGCAGGCAAGAAGAAAGAAGCGAGUCUGCAGGUUUCCGUCACAAACCAAGAGCAGUGGGAGGAAAUGCUUGCAACUAAAGGUUUAACAGUUGUAGACGUGUACCAACAGUGGUGUGGGCCCUGUCGAGCUGUGGUUAGCCUCCUCCGAAAAAUAAAGAACGAACUGGGUGAUGACCUCUUACAUUUUGCCACAGCCGAGGCAGACAGCAUUGAUGCUUUGGAAAAGUAUCGAGGUAAAUGCGAGCCCACCUUCCUCUUCUAUGGGGGUGGGGAGCUGGUGGCUGUGCUGCGAGGGGCCAACGCUCCUCUCCUUCAGAGGAUGAUCGUGGAGGAACUGGCCAAGGAGAAGUCGGUCCUGGAGCAAGGUGGUGAGCGCAAAGCGGUUAAGGAUGAUUGUCUGUUGGAUGAUGAGAAAGACGAGGAGGAGACACCACGGCAGUCAGAAAAUGAAGAAAGCAUAAUUGUUCCUUCCAGUAAAUCCUACACAGUUGCCAUCAUCAAACCAGAUGCUGUUGCUCACGGCAAGGCAAAUGAGAUCAUUAUGAAGAUUCAAGACGCUGGGUUUGAGAUCCUGGCUCACGAGGAACGCACGCUGACUGACGUUGAGGCUCGAGAUUUUUACCAGCACAAAGCAGAAGAGGCUUGCUUUGAGGAACUGGUUCAGUUUAUGUCCAGUGGUCCGUCGCAUAUUCUGGUGCUCUCUCAGGUUGAGGGCUCAGCUGACGUUGUGCCAGCAUGGCGUGAAUUUAUUGGCCCAGCAGACAUCGAGGAAGCCAGGAGAGAAAAACCAGAAAGCUUGCGGGCACAAUACGGCACACAGACACUGUUCAACGCAGUGCACGGUAGUGAGGACAUCGACCAGGCCAGCAGGGAGCUCGCCUUCUUCUUCCCCAACUUUAGGACGGCCUCGGUAACGGAGCAGGAUGGGGAGGAAGAGCGUGUGGAGAGGACAUUGGCUCUUAUCCGGCCUGACGUUGCCAGAGAAAACAGAGAGGAAAUCUUGGCUCAAAUCCACAAGUCAGGCUUCACCGUGGCUCUCCAAAAAGAAGUGAUGUUGACAGAAGAGCAGGUCAGGCAGUUUUACUUUCAACACGUUGAGGAGGAUUACUUUCCUGCAUUGCUCCGAAGCAUGACCAGUGGGCCAGUGCUAGCUUUGGCUCUGGCCAGAACAGGGGCCGUCGAUCACUGGAAGAGCAUCCUUGGGCCUUCUGAUGUUAAUAAAGCCAGAGAGGAGAGUCCUGAAUGUCUGAGGGCCCACUUUGCUGUGGAGAAUGAGCCUAUCAGCCAGCUGCAUGGUAGUGAAAGCCAUGAAGAGGCAGAACGAGAGAUCAACUUCUUUCCUAAACAGCAAACACUGGCAGUGAUCAAACCUGAUGCCAUGGAAGAGCACAGAGAGACAAUUUUGGAGGAGAUCAGAGGCAGCGGUUUCUCUGUAAUGCAGCUGAAGGAGACGGUGCUGUCGAGGGAGAUGGCUGAGGAGUUUUACAACGAGCACAGAGAAAAGCCUUUCUUCAACCAACUGGUGGAAUUCAUGUGUCGAGGGCCGUGUCUUAUGCUCAUCCUGACCAAAGAAAAUGCAGUGGAGGAGUGGAGGGCCAUGAUGGGCCCCACAGACCCUGAUCAAGCUAAGGAGACAUCCCCAAACUCUCUGAGGGCGCGCUUUGCCUCCGAUAUCCUCCAUAACUCGGUCCACGGCUCCUCCAAUGAGCAGCAUGCAGAGGAGAAGAUCCGUUUUAUCUUUGGUGACAUCUGCUCAGACUCAGAGCUCACCGCUGAGACUGAAGAAAAAGAGACUGACACAACCGUUUUAGCAAAAGAGCAGGACAGUUCUACUGUAGAAAACACUGGAACGUCAAGAUCUCCAACUGAGGAGUCCGAUCACCAUCAAGAAGGUGACCCACAUCAUUUGGAUCCAUGCAGUCCAGAAGGAACAGAAGGAAGUGACGAUCCAGAGCACCCAAACUGAGUCAGCGCAGUUAGUAGUACUCUCAUUUUGUGAACUUCUUCUGUAACAUUAUGGCAAAAAUAUAACAUCUGUCAUCUAUCACUUAAUCAUGAAAUAAACACGAAGACAUGUAUCUAAUGUUUACACCCUUAUAAGACAUGUAGGUGGUGGGUCCAUAGUUAAAGUAAUAUUUAUGUAACGGCUCAGAGUUGUCCAGGCAGGCUACUUUAAAUAAUUUAAAGUCAUGGAAAUUGGUUAUGGAAAAGUUAUGAAAAU